AUGUUGGAGGUUUCCAUGGGAAAAUGGAAUGUGAAGGAAGAGUCAAGGCUGGAUGUUCUGAUAAACAAUGCAGGGAUAUUCCAGUGUCCAUACAUGAAGACAGAGGAUGGUUUUGAGAUGCAAUUUGGUGUAAACCACUUGGGCCACUUCUUGCUCACCAACCUUCUUCUGGGCCUCCUCAAAAAUUCUGCCCCAAGCAGGAUUGUUGUAGUGUCCUCAAAGCUUUACAAAUAUGGAGAGAUCAACUUUGAAGACUUGAACAGUGAAAUAAGCUACAAUAAAAGCUUUUGUUACAGCCGAAGUAAACUGGCUAACAUAUUAUUUGCCAGGGAGCUGGCCCGUCGUUUGGAAGGGACAGGAGUCACCGUCAACUCCCUUCAUCCUGGGAUUGUCAGAACAAAUCUAGGCAGACAUGUGAAUAUUCCUUUGCUGGCCAAACCUCUAUUCAACUUAGUGUCAUGGGCUUUCUUCAAAUCGCCUCUGGAAGGAGCCCAGACAUCUAUUUAUUUGGCCUCUUCUCCUGACGUCGAGGGUGUGUCAGGAAAGUAUUUUGGAGACUGUAAAGAGGAAGAACUACUGCCCAAAGCCAUGGAUGACUUGGUUGCAAGGAAACUGUGGGAUAUCAGUGAAGUGAUGGUUGGCUUACUGAAGUAAGUGCCAGGGGGUGUCUGCAAAAAAGAAUGCAGAUAGCUAUGCAGUGUAUUUUCACAACAGUGAAAUUCUCACUUUAAAUGCUGUGGGAAUACAGUGUAUUUUGCUCAGUAAAUACGAAAUAAGAGAGUGAUUUAUGUUGGAACUCUGUUUUGAAGUGAAAGACAAUCUUCAAUAGACACAGGCAUUCAGAAGAAAGCUGAAAUAAAAUUUGUGGGUGUGAGGAUAAUUUCUGGUGGUUAAAUCUGCUUAGAAACUUGUGUUUAACAAAUAAAAAUUAAGCAGAAAUGUGUUUUGCAAUAUAUACUCAUAUUUGUCAUUACGUGUCAGGCUGGACAAUGCAGGGUACUGAUGGUGAAACACUUGUGUAAAAAAUUAUUUGAAAAUAAGUCUUAAUAAUAGUAUUUUUUUUUUUUAAGCCAUCAUAAUGACAAAUAGAAUAAAGAAUUUUCCUGAUAUCUUGCACUGUAAUGGUUGAGGCCUCUGAGUGCCUUUCAAAGGCUUGUCAGCCUCAUGGUUCAGUGAACAAAAUCGUUGAGCCGUGCACAGUUUUGCUGUGAAGCACAAAGUCAGCUAUUUUUAGUGAUGUUGCUGCUAUUCAGCUUGUAAGUAUACUUGGUUGUGCAAGUUGUAUUUUUAUUUUCAUGUGUGUUGAAUUGCUGUUUCUUGAAACCUUGGGUUUCGUUAAAGGGGUUGUUGCAAAAUGUAUAAUGGUCUUGAUAGGACUUUGCAUGGCAUGAACUGUGUAAGACCUCAUGCAAAUUAGACUGAAGAGAAUAAGCUUCUCUAUGUGUUUGGCUUGACUGAUGGCACUUUAACUCAGUAACGAGGUUCCAUAAAUGUCUCAUACAGCUGACUGAAUAUUCUUUAAUAAAAUCUUUUAAAAAGAAGACA